UCUGACCAAUCACACGCGCCGGGAUCAUGCGCUCCCACAUAUAAAUCAGCCUGACAGCCGAAAGCCCUGGUCAGAGAAUGAGACAAACACCAAACGCAAAUUGACCAUUCAAGAAACUGGACCUGCCAGUCCGAUAUCAUAGAUUUUAAUUUCUGUUGGUGUCCAGGUGUUUUAUAGUGAUAAAAAUGGCCACAUCUGCCAGUGCUCAUUUGAGUAAAGUGGUAAAACGGCAGUAUAUGGAACUGCCUCAGGGAGACCAAGUACAAGCCAUGUAUAUCUGGAUAGAUGGAACCGGAGAAGGACUGCGGUGCAAGACCAGAACGCUGGACUCUGAGCCCAAAAGCAUUGAAGAUCUUCCUGAGUGGAACUUUGAUGGUUCCAGCACCUAUCAAUCUGAAGGCUCCAACAGCGACAUGUAUCUCAUCCCGUCUGCCAUGUUCAGGGAUCCUUUCCGCAAAGACCCCAACAAACUGGUUUUGUGUGAGGUGUUCAAAUACAACCGGAAGCCUGCUGAAACCAACCAUCGUCAUACAUGUAAAAAGGUAAUGGAAAUGGUAGACCAUCAGAUCCCUUGGUUUGGCAUGGAGCAGGAGUACACUAUCCUGGGCACAGAUGGACAUCCAUUUGGCUGGCCCUCCAAUGGCUUCCCUGGUCCCCAAGGACCCUAUUACUGUGGAGUUGGAGCAGACAAGGCCUACGGCAGAGACAUAGUGGAGGCCCACUAUAGGGCCUGCCUGUAUGCUGGUGUGAAGAUCUGUGGAACCAACGCUGAAGUCAUGCCAGCUCAGUGGGAGUUUCAGGUUGGUCCAUGUGAAGGCAUUAACAUGGGGGAUCACUUGUGGGUAGCUCGUUUCAUCUUGCACAGAGUCUGUGAAGACUUUGGUGUGGUAGCCUCUUUUGACCCCAAGCCAAUCCCAGGAAACUGGAAUGGUGCCGGUUGCCACACUAAUUUUAGCACCAAGGAAAUGCGGGAAGAGGGAGGGCUGAAAUGCAUUGAGGAUAGUAUUGACAAGCUCGGAAAGAGGCACAACUACCACAUCCGUGCCUAUGAUCCAAAGGGAGGCCUGGACAAUGCUCGAAGACUGACUGGCCACCAUGAAACCUCCAACAUCCAUGAGUUCUCCGCAGGCGUGGCCAACCGUGGCGCUAGUAUCCGCAUCCCACGAACAGUGGGACAAGAGAAGAAAGGCUAUUUUGAGGAUCGCCGCCCAUCUGCCAACUGCGACCCCUAUGCGGUCACCGAGGCCCUGAUUCGCACAUGUUUGCUUGAUGAAGAAGGUGAUGAACCUGUGGACUACUAGAUUAAAUUUCUCUUCUACUGGACUGAACUUCCCUCCCAUUCCACUCUAUCCCCCCCUCCCUCUUUUUUAUUUUUAUUUUCUGCCUUAGUUUUAAAAAGCCAUGAGGCCAAUUUAGUACUGUAUUUUAAAUUUUUUCUAUCAGGGUGGUUCUAACCUGGCAUUUUAUUAGCUCUAAAGUUGACUGGUCAACUUAACAUUUUAAGAUUAAAUCUGAAGUUAACCUUCUUACUGGGGACACGGUUGUUGCAGGGCAUGUCUGACCCCUUCCUCUGUUAUUCUCGUUUUAAUUUUCUGGAGAGUGGAAGUUAGCAUUAAAACCUCUCUAAAUCUCAUGGCCGUACCUUUUUGUGGGUAUUUAAGAUGGAUUGAAACAUGCGUCAAGUGCACACUAAGAACCUAGGGCUGUAAAGGCUAGACAACGCAUGUAAAUUUUGCAUGUAAAACUUGAUUAUUCAAAUAUGUGAUGUUUCAAUGUAACUUACUAAAAUGAGAAGUGUUUUAAAUGGCAUAUUUUGUAUCCAUUUUGAUUGUACACUGUUCAUGUUGUGCGGUACACUUCACAGUUGAGGUUCAAUAACUGUUCUUUAUACUUGUGGAUCUGUUAUUGUCAUGUUAAAAAUCCCUGACUCAAGGAUUUUGGUCCUGUUCGUAUACUACUAUGACAUAAUUGCACCUGUUUUGGUAAAAACCUGAAGUUGCCAAAAAAUGUAGAUUUAAACAUUUAUUUUUACCACA